AUGGAGGUAGGUGAUGCAGGUGCUACGAAUACGGUAACAUCGGAAAUUCAAUCGACGAUCGAUGUGAGUAGUCCACUCUAUAUUCAUCCCUCUGAUAGCCCUGGGCUAGUUUUGGUCCCAGUGCCUUUUGAUGGUUUAGGAUAUCGAUCAUGGAGGAGAGGUGUAUUGAGAUCCCUCUCUAUUAAAAACAAAUUAGGCUUUAUCACUGGAGAAUGUGUAAAACCUAAUUCAAAUUCAGCAAGUUUUAGGCAGUGGGAGAGGUGCGAUGAUAUGGUAACCUCAUGGAUUUUAAAUUCACUUGCAAAAGAAAUUGCAGACAGUGUGGAAUAUGUGAACACUUCAGUUGAGCUAUGGAGAGAGCUUGAAGAUCGUUAUGAUCAAACAAAUGGAGCAAAGUUAUACCAAAUCCAAAAAGAGAUUAAUGACUUGAGUCAGGGAGUACUCGACAUAACUGGAUAUUACACUAAAAUGAAGAAGUUGUGGGAAGAAUUGACAAAUCUGAGUGCUAAAUCAGUGUGCAAUUGUCAGUGCACUUGUGGUGCAAAAGAGAACAUGAACAAGGUUGAGCAGGACAGGAGACUCAUACAGUUCCUAAUGGGUUUGAAUGAAGUAUACACUGUAAUUUGA